CGCGCCGCGGAGUGCUGCUGGAGUGGGAACCCGGGUGUCUACCCGCAGCGUUCGCGCGAUGCCCACGUGGAGCCUGCGGCGGAGGCCGGGCCGCACACUCGGACUCCUGCUGCUGCUGACCGUGAGCUUCCUGGUGCUCCGCAGGUUGAAGUGGAGCACUCUGCUUCCUCUAUGGCUCCAGCCUCAGCGCCUGGGACUUCGAACAAAAGGCUCAGACUUCGUGCUGGAGGACUCCACCUUUCAGAUUUUUGGGGGAUCCAUACACUAUUUCCGUGUGCCCAAGGAAUACUGGAGGGACCGCCUGCUCAAAAUGAAAGCCUGUGGCUUGAAUACCCUUACCACCUAUGUGCCCUGGAACCUCCAUGAGCCAGAAAGAGGCAAAUUCGACUUCUCUGGGAACCUGGACCUGGAGGCCUUUAUCCAGCUGGCUGCCAAGAUUGGGCUGUAUGUGAUUCUGCGACCAGGGCCCUACAUCUGUAGUGAGAUUGACCUCGGGGGCUUGCCCAGCUGGCUCCUCCAAGACCCUGACAUGAAGCUGAGAACAACUUACCAUGGCUUCACUAAGGCAGUGGACCUUUACUUUGACCACCUGAUGUCCAGGGUGGUGCCACUCCAGUAUAAGUACGGGGGACCCAUCAUUGCUGUGCAAGUGGAGAAUGAGUAUGGUUCCUACAACAAAGACCGUGCAUACAUGCCUUACAUCAAGAAGGCCUUGGAAGACCGUGGCAUUAUAGAGAUGCUUCUGACCUCAGACAACAAAGAUGGCCUGCAAAAGGGAGUGGUGGAUGGAGUGCUGGCCACCAUCAACUUACAGUCACAACAGGAGCUGAAGGAACUAAACAGUGUUCUCAUAUCUAUCCAGGGGAUUCAACCGAAGAUGGUGAUGGAGUACUGGACAGGGUGGUUUGACUCAUGGGGUGGCCCCCACAAUAUCUUGGAUUCCUCUGAGGUCUUGCAAACAGUGUCUGCUAUCACCAAAGCCGGCUCCUCCAUCAACUUGUACAUGUUCCACGGAGGCACAAAUUUUGGCUUCAUAAACGGAGCUAUGCAUUUCAAUGACUACAAGGCUGAUGUCACCAGCUAUGACUAUGAUGCCAUACUGACAGAGGCUGGAGAUUAUACUGCCAAAUACAGCAAGCUUCGACAGCUCUUUGGAACCAUCUCAGGUAUCCCUCCACCUCCUCCACCCGAGCUCAUUCUUAAGAUGACCUAUGAGCCAAUGAGGCCAUCUUUCUACCUCUCACUGUGGGAUGCUAUCCUGCUCAUGGAUGAACCAUUCAAGUCUGAGAUUCCUGUCAACAUGGAGAACCUGCCAGUAAACAAUGGAAAUGGGCAGGCCUUUGGUUAUGUUCUGUAUGAGACCACCAUCUUUUCAUCUGGCGUCCUCAGUGGCCUUGUGCGUGACAGGGGACAGGUCUUUUUGAACAGAGUAUCCAUAGGAUUCUUGGACUAUAAAACAACGAAGAUUACUAUCCCCUUGACCCAGGGUUACACCAUGCUGAGGAUCUUGGUGGAAAAUCGUGGGCGAGUCAACUAUGGGAAUAAUAUUGACACUCAGCGCAAAGGUUUAAUUGGAAAUCUCUAUCUGAAUAAUAAUCCUCUGAAAAACUUCAGAAUCUACAGCCUGGAUAUGACAAAGAAGUUCUUUCAGAGGUUCAUCGCGGACAAGUGGAGUCUGAUUCCCAAAGAACCCACCUUUCCUGCUUUCUUCCUGGGUGCCUUGUCAGUUGGCAUUUACCCCUCUGACACAUUUCUGAAGCUAGAGGGCUGGGUGAAGGGGGUUGUAUUCGUCAAUGAUAAAAACCUUGGACGCUACUGGAACAUAGGACCUCAAGAGACUCUCUACCUCCCAGGUGUCUGGCUGGACAAAGGACUCAACAAGGUCAUCAUUUUCGAGGAGACAAUGGCAGGCUCCGUGGUACAGUCUACUGAUACCCCCUACCUGGGCAGGAACCAGUAUAUUAACUGAGCAGCAGUCCCAGCCUUCCUGCUGUGGCUGGCAGCUUCCUUGCCUCCUCCCCUACAGGACAGCCUUCAUAACUAGCAACCUCCGGGAGCGAAGGACUAGUGUCAACUCAGUCCAAAAUCCUAAACCUGAGGGGACUGAAGAGAAGAUGGGGUAGUGUUGUCUGGGAUACCCUCAAAAUGAGAUGGCUUCUCUCCUGGUUUUGUGGUUGGGUCCCUUUCUGCUCCCCUGAUCUUUCAGGGGAGGCCAUAGAGCUGUCUCCGAGGAUGGAGUAUGUAGUUGUAGCACCUUCCAAGAAGGUGCUGAAGCUGGGUGGGUACUGCCCUCUUCUGGAAGUGAAAGCCUCACCAGGCCAACCUGCGAGAUACAGGUAGGCUUACUGAACAUUCCUGGCAGGGCAUGGCCACAUCCCAUAGAGCUGCUUUGUGCUCCUGACUUUGUGGCUUUGCCAUUGUUUGUAGAGCAAAGAGGAAGCCUGUCUUACUUGAGUCAACUUGAUUUUAUUUUCCGACUUUCCUCCAGCUAGUUCUGGGGUUCUGGAAGAGACAUACAUCUUUCCCUUUUCAUUCUGUCCCAUGACAUUUAAUCAGUGGAUAAGCUGAGCUUAGGAGAAAUAGACAUGUUCAGUACUGAUCAUCCUAAGAGAGCAUUUGCUAUUGUCCUGAGUGAGGAGGAGUAUCCCCAGGGAGGAACAGCCUCACCAGGUGAGGAGCUGGGGAUUUUAGCAGAAGUCACCUCAUAUCCAUGCUCUCUGGAAGGGAGUGGCAGAAGGCUCAGCUGAGUGGCACUGGGCAGCUGCCCCCGGCCCCACAGACCCCAUAGAAGAAUUUGGGGUUAGCUACAAGGCCACAGGUCUAGCACAGGCCUCGUCUCCAGCUCAGCUGAUUCUUUGAGCACUCUCUUUCCCCUUCCUGACAGCAGGGAGGAGGGAGGGCAGCCUGUCCUCUGUCAUGUCGGCUCAGUCCAGAUUGAAGGCUCUUGUUCUAGGGAUCAAGUGCAAUGGCUUGGUUUGGGUUUGCCACCCUAAACUGCAAUAAAUCAAGAGAUUUGAAGCCAGUCUUCUUUGUGGAUGUCUCCAGCUUGUCUGUGCCACUCUAAGCCAUAGGAGAAGGUGACCCAUAAGGAUCCAGACACUGAUGGUACCCAGCUGGUAGAUGGCACAUGCCCCUGACCUCCUACCACCUUUCCUGACUUCAAUUUUCCUUGAAGUGUCAUUGCAUUAAGAGCAGUCCAUUCUCAUUCUGGUGGCCUAAGAACAUUCUAGAAAGCCAAAAUCACACUAUAUAAGUUAGCUAUAGGAGAUAGUCUUUCUUCAUAAAUUAUAUCUAAUAUGUACUUCUCCAAGCUGGUUACCUUCAAUAGUAGUGAAAAUCCAAUAAAUCCAAUCGCAUACAUCUAUGAGCACAGUGUUCAUAGAGAAGCCCAGUGAAGAAGGGUUAGGCAAGAGCAGGGUGAACGGAGGUUCACAGGCUAGCAGGCUGGCUCCCUGGGUGUGGCAGAGCAUAGGGUUUGUGCUGAAGUCAAGAUGUGAGGCCUGGUGUGCAGCCAGCGAGCUAAGAGCCCAUUGACUUACUUGU